ACGUAUGGCACCAAAAUUUGGCCUAGAUGAUGGUUCCAGUUCAAACUUUGAUGCUACACUGUACUUGCAACCAUGCUAGUGUCACAGCUCCAUGACCAUCCCUCAGAGCCUGCACAAGCUGCUGCUACAACGCCUGCACAGACUGAGAAAAGGGCAGGGUUUCAAGCACAAGUCAGGUCUGGAGCAAAUAUUUCACAACAUCCAUCUGAUCACACCAAAAUUUGGUCCGAUCUUUCGGGAAGUGCCAACAGAAAUGGAAAUGGCACUGAACGUAGACAGUUCCAAGAAGAAAGAAAUUUAGAUGCUAGUGGACAGAGAGAAAUUACAAGGCUUAGUGCAAUGCAUAUCUCAAAAGCUGCACCAGAUAGAGAAAAUGAACCCAUCAUUUCUGAUACCUUCCACAUGGAAAAAGGCCUUGCAGAAGAACCUCAAGAUCGGUCAGAAAUAAAUGUUCAAGAUAUUUCACAACGCCAUCGCAGUAAUUGGGUUGAUGCCAAUGAAGAUGAUGAGGAUGAUGAUGGUGAUAAGAAUGGACUUUAUGUUCAGUCGACACCACCAUAUAAUGAAGAACAUUAG